GUUUUGCAUGAUUUUAUUCACAGACAACAAAAAAAACUCAAUCCUUUAUAUAUUCACAUUUUUUCAAAACAGUCCAAACAUCCUUCUUCCCUCUCCCCUUUCCCUGUCCUUUUUGUCUUCAACCUUUUUUCUCUCUCUUUCUCUCCACAGAUUCUGCAAUGGCACUUCUCCAUUUUCAGUCUCCCUUUGCUGCUUUUCAAAACUUGUUUGCUCUUCUCUUCCUUCUUUCCCUUCACCACCACACAGCCUCCUGUGCCCUCCUUCUAAGCUUGAGACAUCACCACAACACUCUCCGCCAGCAGAGACCCAUGAUCCAUGCCAACCAAACCAACUGUGCACUCUUUGUGGGAACCUGGAUCCAAGAUGACUCAUACCCUCUCUACCAAUCCUCCAACUGCCCCAUCAUAGAUCCACAGUUCAACUGCAAAAUGUUUGGUCGCCCGGAUUCCGAAUACCUCAGAUACAGAUGGAGACCCCUCAACUGUGACCUCCCAAGGUUCAAUGGGGAGGAGUUUCUGCUGCAAAUGAAGGGUAAAACGGUGAUGUUUGUGGGUGACUCACUGGGGCGCAAUCAAUGGCAGUCGUUGAUUUGCAUGAUAUACACUGCAGUUCCUCAGACACAAACACAAUUAGUCAGAGGGGAACCACUCUCAACCUUCAGAUUCUUGGACUACGGUGUUACCAUUUCAUUUUACAGAGCUCCUUAUCUGGUAGAGAUUGAUGUGGUCCAAGGGAAGAGAAUUUUGAGGCUGGAGGAGGUUGAUGGGAAUGGUGACCUAUGGAGAAAUGCUGAUGUCCUUUCUUUCAACACUGGACAUUGGUGGGAGCAUCAAGGUUCUCUUCAAGGGUGGGAUUACAUUGAAUUAGGAAGCAAAUACUAUCCAGACAUGGAUCGUUUAGCAGCUUUGGAAAGGGGUAUGAGAACAUGGGCUAAUUGGGUGGACAGCAAUAUUGACAGAAGCAGAACCAAGGUGUUCUUUCUGGGAAUUUCUCCUUCACAUACCAACCAAAAUGAAUGGAAUUCUGGAGUGACAGCAGGACUAACUACAAAGAACUGCUAUGGUGAAACUGCUCCAAUUAUGAGCACCGGCACUACAUAUCCUGGUGUAUACCCUGAACAGAUGAGGGUUGUAGACAUGGUAAUUAGAGAAAUGAGCAACCCUGCAUAUCUUCUUGACAUUACAAUGCUAUCAGCAUUCAGAAAAGAUGCACAUCCCUCCAUUUACAGUGGUGAUUUGAACCCUCAACAGAGAGCCAAACCUGACUAUUCUGCAGAUUGUAGCCACUGGUGUCUUCCUGGACUGCCAGAUACUUGGAAUGAACUUUUCUACACUGCUUUGUUCUAUUAAGUUUUGUUCUUUGCUAACUAAUUAACACAUUUCUUCCACUUCAUUGUUGUUAUGAGUAUCAAUAGGUGAUAAUGCAUUUAUUAAGAGGGUUAGAUAGUUACAUAAUAGCAGCAACUCAACUCUGUCAUGUGUAAAGGAUAUGCUAAUGAAAUGAAAGAAUUAUUUAUUUAUUUUCAAAA